AUGAAUAUAUUUGUUUUAACUCUAUUAGCCUUCUAUUUUAAGAUAGGCUAAGAAAUAACAAUAGAGAGUAAUUCAAAAGCUACAAAAAUUGAUAAUUGUCUUCAAUCUGAGAAUGGUAAUUGCCAACGUUGCGAAUAGACAUAUUUUUUAUUCCCAUUGCCGUAAGAUCACAGCGAUUUGGAAUUAAAAGCAGGAACAAUUAUAUGUGUAGAAUGGUAAGAUAUAUUGAAAAUACAAUAGUCCAUAUUAAAAAUUCAAUGAAGCCAAUAAUUACUAUUGUGGAGAUUGUUUAGAUAAUAGUUAAUCAUGGUAUAUAUGAUAAGUAUGUUAGGGAUAAAUCUAGACUUUGCACUUAUGACUAUAAGACAAAAUCAACAGGCACAUUAUCUGUAUUUCACAAAAUAGAUAGACAUACUAAGCAAUUAUUUUAUGUUACAAAGAGUGGUUUAACAAGUGUAUAUUUAAUAAGAUUUUUAUUUAGUUUACUACACAAGGAUGUGAUGGAUGUGAACACUUUUGUAAAUCUUAAAAUUCAACAUGUUUUCAAGUUUAAAAAUAAUAUUCUUAUGAUUUGAAUAAUAUGUACAUAAGUUGUGCAGAAGGAUAUGAAUAUAGUGAUGUAGUUGGAGGAUGUGAUCCUUGUCCUGAUAAUUGCAAGUCUUGUUAAAUAAAUACAUAUAUCAAAACAGAUGAUUCAGGUAAGACUGUAAUGGAAAUUACAAAGAAUUGUUUAAUUUGUAAUUAAGGAUUUAGUAUUCUAACGACUAGAACAGCAUAAAAUAAAAAUGAAACUAUUAGUUAAUGCAUAGCAUGCUUUGCAGGUUGUGAAACAUGUUAUUUUGGAAAAAAUAUAAUAAAUUUAAAUGAAAAACCAUGGGAUACUUAUAAUAAUCAUGCUUUGCUUACUACCAAUAAUUUUAAAGCAAAUGAAACUAAAUUUUAUGAAGAUUUAUUUAAAUUGUCUUAAAUAGCAUAAAGAUGUGAAUACUGUACAAGUACAGCUUAGAGUACUUUUGUUCCAUCUUUGAAUAGAAGAUCUUGUGUUAAAUGUGGUACUAAUUGCAAAAGAUGUGAGUACACAUCUGAAAUAGAAUUGUAUUUUAUAUUUUAUUUUAUAUUAUAGUCCUACUAGAGAUAAAGCUAUGGUUGUUGAACCUGAGAGUACAGAACCAACAACAGCAGAUAUUGAUACAGUUGAAUCUAAAUAUUUAUUGAGAUGUAGAGAAUGUGAAAAAUAUACAUAAACAAUUUAAGCUAUUGGAACUGGGUGUGUAGAUUGCUCAGUUGCAAAUUGCAAAUUAUGUGCUAAAUUUGAUCCAAGUAGUGGAAAUGAUAUUUCUACUAUCAGUCCUAAUUUUAAACCUUUAUUAGAUGAGAGUAUUUAUAACCAGAAUAAUAAUAGAUAAAUCUGUGGAAAAAUGCCUGUUAUGUGAAGACGGUUACUUUUUGUCUGAUGAUAAUUAAUCAUGUACAAUAUUUGACUCAGUUAAUAAGCCUGGUGUUGGUUGUUUGACUUAUCAAAAAUUAGCAUAAUAAAAGUGUUUAUAAUGUAAUACUGGAUAUACACUUUAUAAAAAUGAAUAAGAAAUAUGGGAAUGUAAAAUGGAUUGUUCAGAAUUAAUGAAUGAUUAUUUAUGUAUUUCUUGUCUCAUAAAUGGAAGUGAAAAACGUUGUUAAAGAUGUUUAGAUGGUUUCUUUGUUGAUAUGAAAACAGGUAAAUGUAAAAAAUGUUCAGAAAAUGGAUAUUGUAAGAGUUGUUAUACAAUUUCCUUAGUUUCUGUUCAUCAUUCAGAAUAUUUUGAUUAUUUUUUUGAUGGAGAUGAAGAUAUUUAUGGUCCUUAUUGUAUUGAAUGCAAUCCUGGAGAUCUUGAAAAGGGACCAUUUAAAAAUGAAGAUCUUAGAUAUUGUGAAAAGGGAGGAAAAAAUUGUGCUAUAUUCUAAGCCAUAGGAUCAUAAGGCUAUUGUGAUUAAUGUGAUAUUGGUUUAGUUGGAAAUUCACGUAGUUCAUCUCCUGAUGGUAGUGAUUGCAUUGAAUGUCCAGAAUACACUAUAGGUUGUAGAGAGAGAGCAGAAUAAGAAAAAAACCUUAUUAAUCCAUUUUUUGAUCCUACUAAUGAAAAAUAUAAAAAAUAUACAAGAAUAUCAUUCAUAUGUGAAAAUAAUGCUUAUUAUAAUAGUCAAAUUGCUAGAUGUAUCCAUAAAGAUGAUUGUCCAGAUAAUAAUUGUGAUUUAUCUGAUGAAAUCACAAUUAAAGCUGAUUGUGAUUAAAUGUUUAAAUUAGAUAAGACAUUAUGGAAAAUUAACUCAUAAUUCAAUGAUAUUACAUCUAAAAAUGCCACAUUAAUUUUGGAAGAUAAUAUAAAUCUAUCAGAUACUGAAAAACAAGCACUCUUUGAUGAGUGGAAUAAAAAGGCUAUAAAAAAAAUAACUAUUAUAUUGGAUUUCUAAUAUUAAUCUGGAGAUAAUUCGAAAUGUGUAUUCCAAAAAGAUACAUAUUUUACUUCAAAUAUUAAAAGAAAUGUUUACUCUGUUUAAGAAUUAGAACUUAAAAUUAAAACCAAUUCUCCAUAACCAAAUGAAAGAAUUAAAUGGUUUAUUUAUAAAACAAUCUAUUUUACAUAUUUUACAUCAGUCUCUUUAAAUGGAAUAGAAUUAUAUCCAGCAUCUGAUAGAGGUAAUUUAUUCCUAAAUAUCCCUAAAUAUGAAUCACCUUUUGGAUUUGAAUUUCUCAACAACACUGGAUCUAAAUUUUAUCUAGAAAAUGUAAAAAUUGGAAAUGUGGCUGCUGAAGAUCAUUAUAAUGAUAAAUCUACUUAUACUACACCUUAAAGUAAUUAGUCAGUUUUACUUAAGAAGUAAAAGCCAUUCUUUACAUUACUUUUAAAUACAUACGAAAUUUAUUUAAAAAAUGUUGUUAUUCAUUCUUAAAAUUAUCUACUAAAUUAAGAGAUUUCAUUUUAACCUAAACCAUUUGGAUUAGUAUAUGAUUAAAAUAUAAUAUUACCUUAUUUAAAAAUUAAAUUAGAAAAUGUUUAAUUUUAUGAUAUUGCUAUUGAAAGUCAAGCAAUUUUUGAAUUAUAAUCAGUUAUUUUUUUAACUCCCCCCUUAUGGAAUAACAAAAUUUUAAUUAAUUAGGUUUAAUUUAUAGAUUGUUAUUUUAGUAAUGAUGGUGGCUUUCUUAGUACUAAUAUUUUUAAUUAACCAAUGGGUAUUAUUAACAUUAAUUCAUUAAUAAUGAGAAAUAUUGAAUACAAUAAUUCACGAGGAAUUAUAGAUUUCUCUACAAUGCAAUAGAUUAAAGUUAAUAAUUUUUAGAUGUAUAAUUCUUAAGUUAAUUCUACUGCUUUAUUUCAUGUAACUACUCUUGAAUUAAGUAGUGUCUAUUUAUACUCUACUUCAUUCACUUAUAAGGGUAGAUUGAUGUAAACUAAAUAUGAAUUAAAAACGAUUAGGUUAAAUGAUCAUGAAUUAUCAGGAUUAAAGUUACAAUUUUUUAAUUUAGAAUUCGAUUAAGUUAUUUGUUUAACUCCUGCAUGUUUAAUACUAAUUAGUGAAAUCUAAAAUGAUUAUGAUAUUCCUAUAAAUAUUACAAUGAAAGGAUUAAUUAUUAAAUAAAUUAAUACUACUUAAUUUGAUCAAACAAUCUUAGAAGCAGCAACAAGUGCUUCAAUAAGAGUUGAAAAGAGUAAUAUAUUAUUAGUAUCAGAUUUUUAAAGUAUUGAAAAUGCAGAUUUAACAAUCUUUUAUGUAGAAUAAGUUUGGACUACUAAAUUUAUCAAUCUUAAUUGUUAUUAAAAAGAAGAUAUAAUAAUUAGAAACAAUUAUUGUCUUUUUAUUAAUAAUCCUUAUAAAGGAGUAGAAAUACUCAAUGCUAAAUUACUUAAUUUGAUUGGAAGGGAUAAUUCUUUUAUUGGAAUAUCUUCUUGGAGCAAUCUAAUUUAUAAUACUUCUACUGCUGAUUAUUUGGAAACUAUCAUUUUUAAUGGAGUAAAUGUUGCUUAAUGUACUAUUGUUACAACAGUUCUAGCAGUUCCUUCAUCCGCUAUUUUGAUAGAUUCUACUCAAAUGUAAAUUGUAAAAAUUAGUUUUAUGAAUUUCUAAAACAAUCAUCAUUUAAUGGAAAUUGAUGGAUCAUUAAGACCAAGCAAUCCAACAUUUUUAAUGAGAAGUUUAGUUGGAACAUUGAUUUUAUCAAAUAGUAUUUGGAGAUCUAAUUUUGUAUAAGGUUUCGGAGCAGUCCUUUAUUUAGAAGUAGGAACACAGAUCAUCUCAAAUAUCUCAAUGAUGAAUAGUAAUUUUGAUUUUUAAACAAAAACUAAAAUUCCUCUUAUAAAUGAAAUAACAGAGGGGGGACAUCUAUAUAUAUCUGCAUUCAAUCUAAAUAUGUACAAUUGUAAUUUUACUAAUUCCACUUCUAGAUUGGGUGGAGCAUUAUUUUUAAGAACUUUGAAGGAAGGAAUAGUUAUUUUAAAAAAUAUUAGAAUUCGAUAUGCUUAUACUCCUUUAAAUGGAGCAGUAUCAUCAAGGGGAGGAUGUUUAUAUAUUGAUUCAAUGGCAUCUUAAUUAGAUAUGGAGAUAUUGGGUUCAUAAUUUUAUGAUUGUUUUACUAGAGGAGAAGGAGGUGGAAUCUUUUUAAUGAGUUAUGAUAAAUAGUAAUAAUUAAAGAUUUAAAAUUCUGAACUUAAAAAUUGUUAUGCAUUAAGUGGGUUGGCCAUUAAAACUCUAUUUUAUUCUAGAACCUAAAAAUUAUAAAAAAUGAUACUUCAAGACGUAAAGGUAUCAGGGAAUUAAUCAAAUUCUUUAGAAUACUUAGUAUAAUUAGGAACUUAGUAAUAAAUUGAAAAAUUUUUAUUCAUUAAGAGAUUCGCUGCUGUUGAAUAAGAUUAUGGUUAAAUUGAAAUCUUUAAUUGUUAAUCAGAAGGUCUAUUUUAUUAUGGAUUUCUUUCUAUAUGGCAAGCAAAUUAUAUAAAUUUAAAUAAUAUAUAAUCUUAGCAUAGUAUAUUAUCUUAUAGACCUUAUAUUGAAAUAUUAGAACCAUAACUGAAUCCAUUAAAAGUUGAUUCACUAUAAUUUAGAAAUAUAUCAUCAAUUUCAAUAAAUAAUUUGGAUUGUACUUUAGUUUCUAUUAAUGGAUUGUGUAGAAUACUUUAAGUAAGAUUAGAAUUUCCAGAUUUUAAAAUCAAUCCCGCUUUGUUGUUGUUUGAUUUAAUUCAAGAGAGUACACCUUUAAAAUUAUUAAAUAUUGCAAUCAAUAAAGUAAUCUGUAAUGAAUGCCAUGGUGGAUUAGUUUAAAUUAUGAGAGUUUCAAAUAUAAAGUUAAUCCCUUUGGUUGAAAUAAUUAAUUGUCGGUGUUCUAGCUCAGAAUCAUCCUAUUAUGGAUGUUUUAGUGUUUCAAGUGACUAGUACUUUAGAGAAUAGAUGGAAAUUGACCAUUUGAUUGGCACAACUCUAGAAUCUAAUUUAACAGACAAAAAAAUUAUUUAAUAUACUAAUUUCAGUCAAACUUAUAGGAGAAUUCUACAAUCUGAAACAACUAAUCAGACGUAAAAUUAUGAUAAUUUUACUUAUAUUAUACCAAAUCCGCCAUAUUUAUCAAAUGUAAUAGUACAAUAAUUAAAUAUAUUUGAUGUCAAAGCUGUUCAUGGUGGAGGUAUUUCAUUUUAUGGAUUAACUGUUAAUGCAACUAAGACUUAUUGUUCAACUAUGUUUGUUACUGGAAGAGGAGGAUGCAUUUAUUUUGAAUCAUAUCCUAAAGAUGAAGGUAAAAUUUAACAUCGUAUAAAUAUUGCUGAUAGUUCUUUUUAUAGAAAUAAUGCUAGUAUUGGAGGAGCAAUUGCUGUAGUAGAAAGUGGAAUCAAUAAUUUUGAACUUACUAGUAACACUUUUAUACAAACAUUUGCUAAAUUAUUUGGUAAUGAAGUAUCUUAAUAUCCUACUUAAAUUGGAAUAAAAAUAAAUAAACAACUAUAAAAAUAAAGCAAUAUUGAUCCUCGAACAGGAUGGUUAAAUUUACCUAUUAAUAUAAGGAGUGGUUAAAAAAUAUCUUAAUUUGAAAAUUAAACUGUUGUAGUUGUGUUUCUUGAUAAAAAUAAUCGAGUCAUGGAUUAUUAGUACGAUUAAAAAUGUAGUUUAUCAGCUAAUUAUGAUAAAACCUAAGGAAAUAUAUCUUAGCCUUUCUCUUCAGAGGAUAGUAAUAGAGAUUUCAUUCUUGAUAAAACUUAAGGAUUCAAUUAUUCAAAUCAAAUUAUUAAUUAUGAUCCUUAUAGUAAUCAUACUUUAGAUAUAGUUUUUAAUAGUAGUCAUAUUAAUAUCCCUAUCUAUCAUAAUUAAUAUCCUUAUUAAAUUAUUGGUUUUGAAACUAGAUAUUAGUUAUAAGUUAGAAUCAGAUCAGUAGAAUGUUAAAUAGGAGAAAAAUAUUCUAUUUAAUAUGGAACAUGCACUCCUUGUGAAAUUGGUUAUUAUUCAUUGAUUUAUAAAGAUGAAAAUUGUAAAAGAAUUGAUUAUAAAAAAAUGAAUUAAACUUAUAUGAAUAAAAUUAUGGUUUAAUAAUAUUUUUGGAGACCAAAUUAUGAAAGUGAUGUAAUUGAAGAGUGUAAAAAUAAAAAAGAUAAUUGCAUAUAAGGAUUUAAAGUUGGAAAUGAUCUUUGUUAAUUUGGAUUAAUUGGUGCCCUUUGUGAAGAAUGUGAUAUUUAUGCUGUUCAUUGGGGAGAAUCUUUUUAUAAUUCUGCUAAAUUUGAAUGCCAACGUUGCUAAGAAAGAACAAACAAUAAAUUUAUCAUAUUCAUUAUCUGUCUCAUUAUAAUCUUAGGCUCUUUAUGGUCAGUAUAUAGUCACGAAAAAAGCAUUACAAUAGAUAUUUAUAAAAAGUUUUUUACAGCAAUAAAAUUGUAGGUUCCAAUACCCCCCUCGGAUGAAACUACUACAUUAAAAAAAAUGGUUCUGAAUUACAUAUAAUUGAUUUCACUAGCAUAAGGAUUUAUGGUGAUACUGCCUUAAGAAAUUAUAGAUAUAAUUUCUAUAUUUAGUAUGCCAGCUCAAUCUUUGGGAAAUUCUUUGGAUUGUUUAUUAGCCAAUGAAGCAAAUAAUAUAGAUAUUAUUUAUCUCAGAUUAAUUUGGUCUAUGACUUUAAUAUUGAUUUGUAUUAUUGUAACAAUUUUUCUGCUUUACGCAUUGAGGUGUACUAAAUAGCUAAUGGGUUAUAAUAUUCCGACUAUGUUUAUUUAUAUGCUUAUAUUGUUAUAACCUACAUUCUUGAUAGAAUUUGCAAAUCUUAUAAUUAAGAGAGAUAUUGCAGAUGAUACUUACAUUUAAGCCAAUGUAUCCUAUAAAUAUUAUACAAACAAUCACUCAAUUUGGUUGAAAUGGUUUGCUUAUCCAGGUUUUAUCAUAAUCUUUUUUUUACCCCUCUUCUUCUUAUUACUAUUAAUAGUAGCUGAUUAUUAUGAAAGAUCUCGUAAAAAUAAAUUUUAAAGAUUAUGGGGAUAUCUCUAUCAUGAAUAUAUCAAACUUAAUAAUAAAGUAAUAUUUUAUUGGGAGUUUAUUAGAAUUUAUACAAGAGCUAUCAUAUGUUUUCUUUAUUGCAUCUUUGCUCAAGAUAUCACAUAUAUGGUAAAAUAUUAUCUAUCGCAUCUAGGUUGCUAUUUCUUCAAUUAUCCUUUUCUUUUAUCUGGCUUUAUCCAAAAAAGUAAAGCCUUAUCAUAAUAGAAAGCUUAAUUAAAUUAAUUACUCAUCAUCUGCUAUCCUUUUAAUUAUUUAUUUUAGCUCAACAGUUGCUUAUUUAAGCUCUUAAAAUGAAAAUAUUGAAUAAUAAAAGAUUGGAUUAAGUAUAUUUAUUUUUUUGACGAUUAUUUUUUUCUUACUUAUCAUCAGAUAUAUUCUUUUAAGAUAUUCUAUAAUUUUUGCUUAGACUAAAGCUAAAAUUAUAAAAUCUUUUCCUGCUCUAAUUAGUGUGAGAAAUUGUUGUUCGUGUGCUUGUUGUGACUGUUAAUUUGAUUGUGUAACAUAAAUAUUGUAGGAAGAAAAAGUAAUUAAAGAAAGAACUUAAGAACUUUGGUAAAUAAUGAUAAAAGCCACAAGAGAGGGCAUUUAGGAAUGGAAUCUGGAUAGAAGUCUCAAAUUCAAAAUUAAAAAAUGGGAUCAAGCCUCUCUAAUUCCAUAGGAUGAAGGUAUAAAUUUUAACUAAUGA